CCCGGCCCCUUGGGGGCUGCCGUCGGGCUCGGCCCUUCCCUCCGGCCGGCGGCAUGGAGCUGCGCUCGGAGCUGCCCAGCGUGCCCGCCGCGGCCCCCCCGGUGCCCCCCAGCUCGGUGGCUGCGGCGGCGGCGGCCGCGGCGGCGACGCUGCCGGUGAGCGUGGCCGGGAGCCUGCUGCGGGCUCCGCCGCUGCUGCUGCGGGCGGCCGAGAAGUACCCGCGGACGCCCAAGUGCGCCCGGUGCCGCAACCACGGCGUGGUGUCGGCGCUGAAGGGCCACAAGCGGUACUGCCGCUGGAAGGACUGCAUGUGCGCCAAGUGCACCCUGAUCGCCGAGCGGCAGCGCGUCAUGGCCGCCCAGGUGGCGCUGCGCCGCCAGCAGGCGCAGGAGGAGAACGAGGCCCGCGAGCUGCAGCUGCUCUACGGCACCGCCGAGGGGCUGGCCCUGGCGGCCGCCAACGGCAUCAUCCCGCCCCGGCCCGCGUACGAGGUCUUCGGCUCCGUCUGCGCCGGGGCCGGCGGCGAGGGAGGCGCCGGCGCCUCAGACGCCAAGGUGCAGAAGUUCGAGCUGUUCCCCAAGACGCUGCUGCCGAGCCGCGCCGUGACCCCGCAGCAGGCGGCCGGGAAGCCCCUGUCCCCCGACGGCGAGUCCGCGCCCGGCACCUCCUCCCCGGAGGCUCGCCACGGCUCGGGCUCGGAGAACGGGGACGGCGAGUCCUUCCUCAGCUCGCCCGUCUCCAAGGGCCCGAAGGAGGGCGAGGAGAGCCCGGGCUCCAUCAGCCCGCUGGGCUCGGACUCGGGCUCGGAGGCGGACAAGGACGAGCAGGACCCGUCGCCCUCGGCCGGCGGCCGGCAGCGGACUCCCAUCGACAUCCUGACGCGCGUCUUCCCGGCGCACAAGCGCAGCGUGCUGGAGCUGGUGCUGCAGGGUUGUGGCGGCGACGUGGUGCAGGCCAUCGAGCAGAUCCUCAACAACCGCGGCCCGGACAAGGGCCCCGAGGAGGGCUGGGCUCGGGAAGGCGCCCUGCAGGGCCUCCCGCCCGCCCCGGCUGCCGCCGCCCACCACCACCGGCCCUUGAUAGCCGGAGCCAUGGCCCCCGCCAUCGGCACUCUGGGCAGCCGCUCGGCCUUCUCCCCGCUGCAGCCCAACGCCACGCACUUCGGGGCCGAGGCCAGUGCCUACCCGCUGGGCACCCACCUGGGACUCAACCCGCUGCGCCUCGCCUACUCGGCGCACAGCCGGGGACUGGCCUUCAUGACCCCCUACUCGACGGCCGGGCUCAUGCCCACGCUCGGCUUUCGGCCGCCCGUGGACUAUGCCUUCAGCGACCUCAUGCGAGACCGCUCUGCCGUGCACAAGGAGCAGGUCUACUCCGGCAGCCUCUACGGGCCCAUGGUCAACAACACCCCUGAGAAGCAAUAGCGCGGCCUCUGCGGCGGGGUGGGGGUGCCAGGAUGGCCAGGGGGCCUGGGUGAGGUUGCUGCCACCGCCCUUGGUGGCACUUGGGGGUGGGCAGGGAGCUGGGCAGAGCUGGGUGCCUUCGGAGGGCCAGAAGGUGCGCUUGGAUUGGGGAGACAUGAGUCGCUCUUUGUUGCUUAUGGCCAUAAGCAUGGAUGUACCCUGGGUGCGCUGCGGGGUGGGUACGUGCACACGCACCGCACGCGCGCACACACACACACACACACACUCCCCCCAUACAUUUAUAUAUAUGUAUACUAGCAAGUGUAUAAUGUUAUAAAAUGGAAAUCUAAGUUAUUAAUGUAACUCGUAGGUGAACUUGGUAUUAACGUUAAGCUAAAGGUUAGACAGCUCAUUGUAAUACUUACCAGGCAUAUAGAUGAAAUAUAUCGUCAAAUUGAAAGCCCUUCUCCUCCCACCCCCAGAAAUGUUAUGACUUGUAUAUAACAUUGGAAAGUAGAUAUAUUUGUAACUGUCCGUAGGACCCAGGCGCCAAUGGUGUAUGACGAUUUAAUAAGCCUCCUUCAUUUGUGAUCUGCAAGAAAAUUGCUUUCUCGUUCCAAUGUAGCAAACUUCUUGCUGUUUCUAACAGGUAAUUCUGUGUUUCCAUUUCAUAGAAAUAAAUGUUAUUUUCUAUUAAAAAAAAACAACAGUG